AUGCAGGACCGCGGUGAUAGUGCGACGAUCACCUGCUGCACUACCGAGGGGAGUAACAAUCUCGCCCUGGUGAUAGAGUUUCCCUUCCCGGCGGAGUUUCGAUGCCCUGCCUUCUUCGGUGUCCCCGGAAUCAGGAUCAGUGGCGUGUACAGGUCCCACUCGGACUUGACGAAGCACGCCCGGAAGUAUCAUCCGGGCGUUGUAGUAACGUAUAAGUGCCGUGAGUGCAGCUUCACCGGCAACGGGAGAUAUCCACUCAAGGUGGUGAAGCUGCACCACGGCCAUAUCCAUAGUUCCGUUCAACAGAACAGUCCGAGUGGGACUUGUGCACCUCCCGUGACGGGCGCGACCGGUCCGAGCAACACCUCGCGUCGGGGGAGUUCCGCGACAUCUGCCCCCGCAGAACCGCGCGCUGCUGCGAUUGCUGCUGCCAAUUUGGCGGCUCAGUCCCCGCCACCGCAAACGACGUGCGCCGCGACGUCGCCGCCCCCGCCUCCGCCCACCCACACCCCUUCAUCGGCGCGGAAUCCAACGGGGACGGCCACCACCACCUGCACGACGCGGCGCACAAGGGCGGCAGCGGCAUCAACAACGGCAACAACGACAGGAACAACCACGGGGACAACAAUGAGGACCAGGAGGACGACGACGAAGACGACGACAACGAGACCGGUGGCGUCGGGGGGCAAGGCGCGGGCCACGAAACAAACAUCGUUGCGUGGGGUGCUGGUAACGGCGGCUGCGACGGCUAUGACGACGUCGCAUCGCACGCCGCCGUCCGGCACCCCAACGUUAACAAUAACCAUCGGGCCCACCACCAGUGCCCGGCCCGCGCCCCCGCCCCCCAACCAACCAACCUACCCCAGACCUAAGGGGACGCCACCGGUCCAUAAGAGCGGCAGCCCGCCGCGGCGAUCGGGGUCGGCUGCCCCAAGGACAUCGCCGCCGGCUGCAAGGGCGCCUGCUACGAGGAGAGGCUCCGGUCCCUUAGCCGCUAUCACAUCGAGGCCCACCCCACCGGGCAGAAGAGCGGCCCCCGCUACCAGGGGGUCGAAUGGCACCCCUCCCGCAAGAACCCCGCCCGUCAGGAGCCCGCCUAUCACCACCCAAGGGCGGCUGACGCGGGGUAUGAGGGGUGCCAAAGUCCCGGUGGAGGUGGGCAGAAGAACUGCCACCACCACCACCCGGAGGACGGUAGCGGCUCCGUCCGGAGCCAGAAGAACGCCCCCGAGAGUAGAAGGGACUCCCACCGCCCACACACCAUCACCCAGGGCGGUGGAGGGAAGGAAGAGACCCUCCAGCGGCCCCACACCACCAAGGCCUGCCCUACGGAAACCCUCGGGGGUAUGA